CUGUUAAUUAUAUGCAAAGUGGAUUAUACCUAUAUUGUGUUUCUUCUUUUUUGCUUCACUGCUGUGAUAUUACGCUGUCAUACAUAAAGAGAUAUGACAUCUGUCCAGCCGCUAAAUUUCAUCACCAGCGAUGGAGAUGGCUUCUUAGCAAAAGAAGUGCAAGAAAAUGGUGACCUUCACAAAGACGUAAGCAAUGAGGCUGUAUCCCAUGACAACAAAAAGAGCGGGAAACCAGCAGGUGACAGUGACGAUGAUCUCACACCAGACGACAUCCUGCUUCAGUUGGGAGGAUGUGGGCUGUUCCAGAUUUUACUGGCCUUCACAAUACAGAGUAUGAAAACGGUGAUUUGCUGGGGAAUGGGAGGGAACUCGUUUUUCGCCUACGUUCCAAAAUGGCGGUGCACUGAUUUUGAUGACGUCAUCAAUAUAUCGUCGACUGUUUCCCCGCUUACAUUCUUGGAAAUUAAUGUUACGGAUACCACUAACACAACGGCAUACUGGAACCAGCAGUGUCAACUUCCAAAUGGAACCCAUUGUUCCAAUUUUGAAUUUGAAAGCAGCAUGCAUACACUCGUGUCUGAGUUUGAUCUUGUAUGCAGUCAGUCGUGGGUGACAGCCACCAUCAUCUCUGUCCAGAUGGUCGGUAUGAUGGUCGGCAGCUUCGUCGUCGGACAUCUAGCCGACAUGUUCGGGCGGAAGAAGCCGUUCGUUCUCUCCAUGGCGAUCGUCUGUUUGUCGACUAUCGUAUGUUACUUCUCUGUUCACUGGAUCAUGUUUGCUACGGCACGAUUCUUUUUCGGUAUCGGCUCAGCGUUCUUCCUUAGUAUCUACUGUAUCCUGCAAGGCGAGUAUACGCUCUCAAAGUGGCGCUCCACCACCAUUUCCUUCCCCUCUUGGGCUCUUGAGCUGAGCCUCUUUUCCCUGUUCGUCUAUCUCCUGCACGACUGGGAACACGUGACCCUCAUCAUGGCCUUUCUUGCCGCCAUCUACCUCCUCACGUGGUUCUUCAUUCCUGAGAGUUUCCGGUGGCUUGUGGCCCGGAACAAGAUCAAGGAGGCCCGGCUUGUAGUCAACCAGAUGGCCAAGUGGAACAAGAAGCCCGUCGUGAAUUUUGAGCGCAUGGUCCGUUCUGUGGAGAAGUCUUUAAGCGGCGAUGAGGACGCUAAGUAUUCCGUCAUCGUGCUCUUCCGGAAACGUCCCCUGCUGCGCCUCACUGUGCCUCUGAUGCUUUCCUGGUUGACACUUGGAGUGAUCGGUUACGGGGUUGGGUUCGGAGUAAAAGAAUUCUCCGGGAACUUCUACCUGAACCUAUUCCUGUUCGCUAUUGUCGAUAUUCCAUCCAAGCUCAUAUCCAUCUAUCUUCAGGUCAGAAUUGGUCGGAAGUUCACGUCAAUCAUAGCCUACAUUGUUUGUCUCGUCGGCGGCCUGGUUGUUACUUUGGUACAGUACAUUGACACGCCUUACCGUGGCGGAUUGACGACAGGUUUUGCCCUCCUGGCCAGCGCGGGAGUGGACGCGGCCUGGGGUCCCAUGCAGACCAUAACCGUGGAGUUGUACCCGACAGUUGCAAGAAACACAGCAUUUGGUUUUCUCAGUGUUCUUGCCAGGCUAGGUGCUGUCAUCGGACCACAAUUUGUAUAUCUUGAAGAGUUGGUUCCCGGCCUUCUAUACAUUAUGAUCGCCCUGCUCUCGUUCCUCUCCAUACUGUGUAUCGUCUCACUGCCGGAAACCAACCACAGGAUGCUGGUUGAUCGCCUCGUAGAUGACCUUGACCGAGAGCGGAAACAGGAAAAGGAUCACGUGGACACUCAAGAGCAGACGACCAAUAACAGAAUUGUGUGAUUUUUUGAAGAAGUUUGAUAUAUGAUUUAUAUUAUCAGUAGAAAAGUUUUGUGAAAAUAUAAGUUAUAUUUUAGAAUGGAAAUAAAUAUGGGAAAUUUUAGACUUUAAAAAUUAAUACAAUAGGUUCACCA